UUUUGGAAUCAAAGAUUAGGUUUUGCAUUGAGAUAUUGCAUUUUAAUUUGGUUAAAUUAAAUUUUGUUGUUCAAUGAUAGCAACUUGGCAACUCUCCCAUUCCCAUCCCCUUUACAAACAUCUCUCUAUCUCUCUCUCUCUCUCACACACACACACACACACAUUUCACUUCCACAUCCCCUAAUUUCACAAACCCUAAUUCCUCUUCCCCUCUUCCAUGGCGGACUCCGACAACGACUCCGGCGGUGGUUACCAGAAAUCCCCAUCUCCACGUGAACACGACAGACUCCUCCCGAUCGCCAACGUCGGCCGGAUCAUGAAGAAAGCUCUCCCUGGCAACGCCAAGAUCUCAAAAGACGCCAAAGAAACCGUUCAAGAAUGCGUCUCCGAGUUCAUCAGCUUCGUCACCGGUGAAGCAUCCGACAAGUGCCACAACGAGAAACGAAAAACAAUCAACGGCGACGAUUUGCUCUGGGCCAUGGCUACCUUAGGGUUCGAAGACUAUGUGGAUCCUCUCAAGCUUUAUCUCCAACGGUUUCGAGAAAUUGAAGGCGAGAGGACCACGCUUGCCUCACGUGACUCCGCCUCCUCCGCCGCAAACUCCGCCGCAGCUGGGAAUAGUGGGUUUUUCGACGGCGGUGGGGAAUUUGGGGGCGCGGGUGGGAGUGGGAUGGGGAUGGGAAUGACGACGACGAUGCCUCCAAAUGUUUAUGGUUCUAAUGGGCCGCGUUGGGAUGGGCCUGGGUUUAGUACUACCGGUCGGCCCAGGUAGAUGGGCCAUAUCCGCCCAUUGGGUUUUUAUUGGGCCGAGUACUAUAACACUUCUACUACAACAUUCAUUAUGACGGCGACGGGGUAUGCGAAAUCUCCGUUUUAUCCUCCGUAAAAUGAAGAUCGGUAGCUGAGGAAAGGUCAAGUCUUUUUUUCUUUUUCCUUUUUGUUUAAUUUUAUAAAAAAA